AUGAGCAGCACCACUCUCGAGACCCAGAUCUUUGGUGUCUGCCCUGCAGAUGACGACAUCAGCGAUCUGAUGUUAGUAGAUGCCUUGAGCGCGCACAAGUUAGAGCCAAAAGCCAACAUCUCUGUGGCCACUCUUGACUCACACGCUCUCUUGUUCCAGCCAAUUUUACUAUGGCCUCCCACUCUUCAAGCCGCGCACAACAACUUGCUAGUCGCUAGAGAUGACAACAACGACCGCACAUGGGCGCAAGCCCAGCCAAACACAUUCAUUUCUCACAUCUCUGCCACUGUACCGCUACUCAGAACUAUGAAGUUUGCACCUGAGGCCAAUGAUUUACCAUUCCCCAUGUCCAAGAAGCUGCUGCCCUUAUUGCAGCUGGCUAUGGUUGACACCGGUGCCUCCACUCCAGACUCUAUGCCGGGUCUUGAACCCAACAGCCCUUCGUCCAAGCCGACCGAGUUCAUCUCAAGCAGCCACAAAGACAAUAGCCCCGAGAUCAUCACAGAACUUGAAGCUCAGAUGUGUUUUUGCAAGUCUGUCAAAUGA